AUGGCCGAUGGUAUUGUAACUCGAGGGCCCCAGCUGGCGGCUGUCGACUACACAUUUGCGGUCCUCGCUUUUGUAACCAUAUCAAUGCGAUGCGGUGUUCGGGUCUUCAUUGUUAGGUCAUUUGGUCUUGAUGACUGGCUCAUGCUACUCGCCGCUGGGUUUUUCAUUCUGUAUUGCUCAUUCUCAAUCACGGGCGUCUCCUACGGCACAGGACGCCAUGAAUACGAGUUGCCUCAGCCCGAUGUUGCAACGGCUAGGAUGUUCUGGUGGCUCUGCUAUUUGAUGUACUGCAUGACCAUGAUUCUCAGCAAAGUCUCCAUUGGCUGCCUACUGCUGCGGGUGGCUGCAAAGAAGAUGCACACCUGGAUCAUCUACGGCGCAAUGGUUAUUACUGUUGUCACCUGCAUGGCAUUCUUUCUGGUUACUGUCUGCCAGUGCCAGCCCGUCUCAUUCUUUUGGAAUAAAGCUCAACAUGGGAGCUGCGUCAGCAACGAAGUUAUUAUCGGACUGGCGUAUCUUUACAGCAGCUGCAGUGUGAUUACAGAUUUUACUUUUGCUUUGCUCCCAGCAUGGAUCAUUGUCGGCUUGCAGCUGAAAAGAAGGACUAAAAUUGCCCUAAUCCCUCUCAUGGCAAUGGGCUGCGUUGCCAGUGGUGCCGUUGUAGUUCGUUUCGCCUAUCUCCCCCGAUUUCGCGACCCCGACUUUCUAUGGGCCACAGUCGAUAUUGCCAUCUGGUCGACCGUGGAACAAGGACUGGCUGUCGCAGCCGGGAGCCUGGCUACUCUGCGCCCCUUGAUCAAGCUUGUUGGAUGGAAACUUGGACUCACGACUGGGCCUUCCGCCUUCGGGACUUCUUCAUAUGGUAAAAUGGGAACAUACGGUAACAGCCAGACCGGAACUGGUCAACUGAGCAGCAGACGACGCGGCAGUCAAGGCGCUGUAGAUGCGCUGCGACUUGAUACUCUCCAAGAAGAGAACGGCAGGAAAACACCUGCGCUAUCACGAUACCAAGGGGCAUACGAAGUGUCCUGUCACACAGGGACUAGGAAUAGCAGCGCAAGGAUGAUGGAUUUCCCAGAUGCCAUCUCUCAUGGCAAAACAUACGAAGUAAGCUCGGAGUAUAUCGGCAGCCCAACGGCUGCAGCACGGGAGCAGAAGGAACUACCAAGACCUCCAACUGAUCCAAAGUCGCCACAAUGGCGGGAAAAGGGCAGGCUGGACAGCAGCGACAGCAUAGAGGUUCUCCGUUCCGCGCCAUCAAGGGACACUAUUGAUGGCAAUGGCCAGACCUUUCCUAGAAGUUUUCUUACGACAGAUUCAGACUCCAGCAGGUGA